GGCAUCACAAACAAAAGAGCUAGCCAGCAAACAUAGCGUGUCGACUAGAUCGAAGCCAUGGUGAAGAAACCGUCGCCCAUUCGCCGCCUCCUCCGGCGAACCCUCUCAAGCAGGCACCUCCGCCGCUCAGGCUCAGCUGCGUCAACCGUAAAGACUCCAACCGUACCCUCAACAGAGAAGCUGCAAGGGCAAACGGUCGUGGUGGACGUGGAGGCAUGGCUCCUAAGAUCACAGCUAUCUGCCUUCCCAUACUUCAUGCUUCUCGCCGUCGAGGCCGGCAGCUUCCUCCGCGGCCUCUUUCUCCUGCUCGCCUACCCUCUCCUGUCGUUAUUCGCCAGCCGUGACAUGCGACUCAGGGCCAUGGUCAUGGUGUCCUUCUUUGGGUUGCGUGAGAAGGAGGUCCUUAGGAUUUGCAAGGCAGUUCUGCCUAAGCUCUUCUUGGAAGAGGUCGCAAUGGAAGGCCUCCAAGCGGUGAAGAAGGCGGAGACGGUGGUCGCGGUGAGCGCCUUGUUCCCGAGGGUGAUGAUCGAGCCGUUCCUGAAGGAGUACCUUGGUGUCGACACCGUCGUCGGAAGGGAGGUCAUGGUAGUUGCCGGGCGUUAUGUUGGGGUUAUUGAAGAUGAGGUGGUGGCCCUAGAGGAGGAAAUGCACGAGAUUAUGAACAAGGGGAAGCUUGAGGAAGCGAUCGGGCUUGCCGGCAUAGGCAGCAGCAUGAACCAUCUGUUUUCUCAUUACUGCAAGGAAACCUAUGCCGUGAGUAAGGCGGACAAGGCGGCAUGGCAGAAAUUACCCAAGGACAAGUACCCGAAGCCCCUGGUGUUCCACGACGGCCGGCUCGCCUUCACGCCGACAUUCUCCGCCUCAAUCGCCAUGUACACCUACUUCCCCUUCGGCAUCUUCCUCGCCUUCUUCCGCAGCAUCGCCUACAGCCUCCUCCCCUACCGCGUCUCCGUCCCCUUCGGCGCCUUCACCGGCCUGCGCUCCCGCAUCAUCGCCGGCCCCCCGCCCACCGACGCCACCCAGGAAUCCUCCGCCGGCGCAGCGGGCCGCCUCUACGUGUGCAACCACCGGACGCUCCUGGACCCGAUCACGGUGGCGGCGGGGCUGAACAAGCCCGUGACGGCGGUGACGUACAGCGUGAGCCCCGUGUCGGAGCUGCUCGCGCCCAUCCGCACGGCGCGGCUCACCCGGGACCGGGACGAGGACCGGCGCCGCAUGGCGGCUCUCCUGGCACGAGGAAACCUCGUGGUUUGCCCCGAGGGGACGACGUGCAGGGAGCCCUUCUUGCUCCGCUUCAGCCCCCUCUUCGCGGAGCUCACGGCCGAGGUGACCCCCGUGGCGCUGGAGACCCGGGUCGACAUGUUCUACGGCACCUCCACGAUGCCGGCGUCCAAGGUGCUCGACCCGCUCUACUUCAUGAUGAACCCGCGGCCCGAGUACCGCGUCGAGUUCCUGGAGCCCGUCAGCACUGCCAGGAUGCCCGAGGAGGGCGAGGGGCAGGGAAAGAGCCAGAGCAUCCAAGCGGCCAACCGCGUGCAGCGCGUGCUCGGGGAGGCGCUCGCGUUCGAGCUCACCGGGCUGACCAGGAAAGACAAGUACAUGAUGCUGGCGGGGAACGAAGGGGUCGUGGAUGGUGACAGGAAGAAAACGAAGUAGGUGUGGGCAAGUGCUGAGAUCGAUCCGUGUGCACAGUUAGUUUUUUUAUGCGUGUGAUUUAAUUCUUUAUGGUUUUAAUAAUUUCUUGCUGAUGUUAUUUGCAAAUGGAUUAAUUAUUGUUUGUGUGCCAUUGCCUGUAUAUGUUCUUGUUCGUUUAUGUGUGUGGAAAAUCAUGUAAAUAUGUAGUGCGGAAAUAAUGGAAGGGAAUUCAGAAAAUCGAA